CACGCGGGUUUCUUCUUCUUCCUCACCCCUGCAGCUCUCAAAAAAGGAGCCCAAGCACCGACUUCCAUUUCUUGGAAAAAAUCAGCAAAAGCUUAAAAUUUUCCCUUUCUUUUUUUGUUAAAGAGCAAAAUUAGGACUUGGAAAUCUUUCCCCCUGUAGAAAAUUUUCAGACCUGCUCUGUUUCUCCCCCUUUGUUUGUCCGCUGUUCUGUUGGGUGUGAAUCCUUCGGGAUUUUCGUUUUCAUGAUUUCUUCUCCAGUCUCCGUCGGCCUCCAUACCCGCCAGCUCCGGUUUUGGCUGUUGGAAGAAUUAUGGUUCUUGAGUGUUCUGUCACCUGAGCACUUGGCUUGAGUUUCUCGUAUUACAAAUUUGAGGUAAGUAAAUUAUGGUAACGCCCUUCGAUUUCAAAGCAUAUUUUAAAUUGUUUUUGAUAUGAUGGCAAGGUUUAAAUUGAUUUUAUAGCACCGAGCAUGAUUGGUUUGAAAUGAAGUUGUUUUCAUUUGCAUUGAGUAGAGCAUGCCUACUUGGAAUUAACUGAACUGCCUUGAUAAACUGAGAAUUUUGUAAAUUCUGAUUUUCCUGUUAAAUCCAUGCUCACAUGGAAAAUUUUCAGUUUGUUUCUGAAAUUUGAGAUUGAUUGUGAAUUACAGAUUUUUUUUGUAAAUCCUGCAUGGUUUUGUCUCUGAUGUAGUCAUGAUUACUAACGCUUGCUAGUGGGAGUUUGCAAACGCUAGCACAUGUCGACAUGUAUACCGAUAGAACUAAAUGUACUAAAUGUAAAAAUGAUAUUAUAUUUCAAAAUAGUUUAUGUUAUUUUUUAAUAAAUAAAUUAAUUAAUUUUUCUUUCUACUUGAAACUAAAGGUAUCGUUUGGAAUUAGUGGUUGGUGAUAAUAGUGGGGAGACAAUCUUUGUUCUUUUUUAUAAUGUUGCUUUUGGACUAAUACAGCUUAGUGUUGCAAAAAUAAUUGAUCAACAUAUCGUUGUAAGUAUUUUAUUAUAUUCUCCUACUUGAAACUCAAGGUUUAUUUGGAAUUAGUGAUUGGUGAUAAUAGUGGAAAGACAAUUUUUGUUCUUUUUGAUAAUGUUGCUUUUGGAUUAAUACAGCUUAGUGUUGCAAAAAUAGUUGAUAAAUACAUUGUUGUAAG